AUGGCAUCCUCCCGGCAAAUACCACUCAGCACUCCCGCGCCUUCCGCCGAGACGACCGCCCCUCACCGCGGAUCCACUCCACCUACGACAGAGGCGCCUCCCACCUCCUCUGCGCCUUCCGGAUCCCAGGCGCCUGCCGUUGGCGGGACCUCAAACGCCCCCGCCGCCCCUGCUGCAUCGAGUAAGUCUAUCUCUAUGCGCCUUACCUGUUGUCGUUGA